AUAGUAGUAAACUAGUAACCGUUAUAAAAGAGUCAAACAAAGUUUUGAAUCUCAUAAAAAGGUUAGUUCAUAUCAAAUUCGAUCUAGCCGGUAUUAUUGUUGUUGUCUUGAUGACAACAUGUAUGUUAACUAUGACCUGUCAGUCUCACACACACAAUAACACCACCACAACACACAGUUUCUUGUAUCAACCGCCAUUAACAAACAAGAUUUCUUUAUGUGACGAAUCUGUACAACUUUGAUACCAAAUUAACCUAAAAGACAACAAAAAAGAACCACCCACCCCCUCUUUUCAUUCAUAUGGCAGCUACUGCCUCAACUCACCACCCCAAAAAGAAACCCUCCUCAACCAUCCGCUUCCGUCGCCGCCGUAUCAAAGAAACCACCAUCUCCUCCUCCGCCACCACCACCACCACCCCUCACCACCACAACCCUUCUGCCGUUUCACCGGAAAACACCUCCUGGUGCUGCCCUCCCGCCGUCUCUUCCUACAAACCCUCAAUCCCACCACCACCGUCAUCUCCGUCGCCGGAAUCUUUUUCCGCCGAAAAGCACCCACCUUUACACUUACCGGAGAAUCUUAAACAACCCCAGAUAACACCCACAACCACAAUGUCUACCACCACCUUCCACGGCGGCGCUGGUACCUAUCAAGAACCGUUGAACACAUCUUCUUUUACCCAAUUUAACUCCGCCCUCAACGCCGGUCUGUUGAACUUGAACCCGAUUUCGUCACCACCCCCGACCCGAUCCAGCCCUACCCUUUUCGAAAUGAUGGCUAACGAACCCGAUUCCAAGAUCCCCAACACUGUUACAAUUCCAACCCCUAAAAGAAAUAGUAACAGUAAUAACGGUCAUUUGAUCCCACCUGUUGAUAAGCAGUCUUUGAUGCAACAAAGAUUGUUGGAUAUUUUGUCGUGUGGGAGCCCCGGGAGCUUGUUUAAUGACCCGAAUUCGAGUGAUGUGAAGCUCACUUUGAGCUCUAAAGAUGGGUUGAGUGUUUGUAUGAAUGUUCAUAGGCAGAUCUUGGUGGCUCAUAGUCGUUUUUUCGCGGAUAAGUUGGUCGAUAUCCGACGGAAAGUGGGGCAGCAAGGGCAGCAGUUGAGAGGUUUGAUUGAUAAUAGUAAUCCCUACAUUGUUGAGAUUGCUGACUGUGAUGACAUUGAGGUUUAUAUCGAGUCGAUUCGGUUGAUGUAUUGUAAAGAUUUGAGGAGGAAGCUCAUGAAGGAUGAUGUUCCUAGGGUUCUUGGUAUCCUAAAGGUGUCAGCCGCAAUCGGGUUUGAUGCGGGGGUUUUAUCGUGUUUGGAGUACUUAGAAGCUGCUCCAUGGGCAGAGGAUGAUGAAGAAAAGGUUUCAUCUUUAUUAUCUGAGCUACAACUAGAAGGGGUGAGUGUGGGUGAAGUUUUGAAACGGGUUUCAGUUGAUGUUACACGCGAGAGUGAAGAUGAGAAUAGUAAUAAUAACAAUCAAGAAAUACUUCUUAAGCUUUUACAUGUAGUUCUCGAAGGAAAAGAUGAAAAGGCAAGACGGGAUAUGAAAGUUUUGGUCUCGAAAAUGCUUCACGAGAAUGCAUCAAGAAACGAUUUAAAAAAAGAAUCUUUGUAUUCGGCCUGUGACAAAUGUUUGCAUUUGUUACAACGCCAUUUCUUGAAAGCUUCUAAAGGAGACUUGCAGGAUGUGGAUCAAAUCACACGACAAUCCGGUAACUUACAUUGGCUUCUUGAUAUUUUAAUCGAUAGACAAAUUUCCGAGGAUUUCUUGAAAUUAUGGGCGUCACAAACCGAGUUGUCUGAGGUGCAUUCUAAAGUGCCUGCGAUUCAUCGAUACGAAAUUAGUAGAGUUACAGCAAGAUUAUUUGUUGGUAUUGGAAAAGGUCAACUAUUGGCUUCAAAAGAGUCAAGAUGCUUGCUUUUACAAACAUGGUUGGUCCCUUUUUAUGAUGAUUUCACUUGGAUGAGAAGAGGGUCAAGGGGGUUAGACCGUAAUUUAAUCGAAGAAGGGUUGAGUAAUACUAUUUUGACUUUGCCUCUCGCUUGGCAACAAGAAAUCUUGAUGUCUUGGUUUGACCGGUUUUUGAACUCGGGUGAUGAUUGCCCGAAUAUACAAAAAGGGUUUGAAAUUUGGUGGAAACGCGCGUUUUGGAGAAAUCCCGAAGUGCAAAGAGAGUUUCGUGUUACAAAUGCAAAUGGCGGAAACUCAUGAGAUUCGGGUAUGCUAGCUUGCCUCUGUUUCUUGAUCACAGUUGGUUUGUUUUUGUUUUUUUUUUUUUUCAUAUAGUUUAGGUAAAAUGAAACUUGCAUUUGCUCGCUCAAGUUUAUAUUGGAGACAUGAUUUCAUGAAUAAAAGAAGUCAUUUGGUCAAAGUCAAA